GCCGAGGGCCGACCCCUGCCGGCCCCGGGCCGGCGAGCCCACCCCGCCAUGGCCGGGAUCGGCAUCGACCACUCCAAGCUGCCCGGAGUGAAAGAAGUGUGUCGAGACUUUGCUGUUCUGGAAGAUCAUACCUUGGCCCAUAACUUACAGGAGCAAGAGAUUGAGCAUCACUUGGCAACAAAUGUUCAACGUAAUCGUCUGGUGCAGCAUGACUUGCAGGUGGCCAAGCAACUGCAAGAAGAGGAGGAUCUGAAAGCACGUGCUCAAAUCCAAAAACACCGAAAAGACUUAGAACGACAGGACUGCGAGAUCGCUCAGGAAAUCCAAGUGAAGCUGGUAUUUGAAGCAGAGCAGCGCCGCAGGCAAGAGGAAAAAGAUGAGGACAUUGCCCGUCUCCUACAACAGAAAGAACUGCAGGAAGAAAAAAAGCGCAAGAAGCACCACCCAGAAUCCCAGGGACACACAGUCUAUGAAGAUAGCUAUUAUGCAGAAAAUGGAGGCACUAAAUUGAGGGGGACGAAGCAAGCCAUGUAUGACACACCCCGAAGGGAACAGGAGUUGUCUGACGCAGAGAUUGCUCGGAAGCUGCAGGAAGAGGAGCUCCUGGCUAAUGAGGCAGAUCAGAAGGCAGCUCAAGUAGCCCAAGAUGAGGAAAUUGCCCGACUCUUGAUGGCCGAGGAGAAAAAGGCUUUCAGGAAAGGGAAGGAGAGAGAAAAGCCUUCCUUUGAAAAGAGGAGGCAUGAUCAAGACUGGAAGCAUGAUGCAAGUGAGUCCACGCGCUCAAGGUCAAAAGAAGGGCCUGAAACUCAGCGACACAAAGGUGACAGGUCUUCAAGGUCACAGCCUCUUCUUGAUGACUUUGAACACGCCCGGUAUUACACAAGCCAGCCCAGCCCGUUACGCCAGAUCCCCAAACCUGAGCACUCUCCUAAAGGUUCCCGUAGGAAGCAGUAAACUGUGCUGCCUUUGCUUUGGUACCGACUAUUCUGUAGCAAACAUUACUGGAAUUGCCAGGCAACUUUCAAUUCCUUACCCAAUGGGAUGUCCACCCUCCACUCCCAGGAUCUCCUCUUUUUAAGUGUCAUCAUAUUAAUAAGGAACAUUGUUCAUUUCAAUUUCUUACUCAUAUGUGAUCACUUAAGCAGUGCAGUAUAAUCUAGCCGCCACUGAGCUGUGUGAAUCAACUAGCUGACUUAACAGCUCCCUCUUACAUUCUUUUGAAGCUUUCUUUUUCUUUUUAUUUUUAAGCUUUGGCUGGAGCUUUGACAAAUACAGAUGCAUGUACAACAGGGAGGAGAAUCCAAGAAAUGAGUUGGGUUAUGGCAAUGCAGCAGAACGUUAGAAGUACAAGUCCUUUCCAUUAGGAUGACUUAGCAAAGAGAGUUAUAAGAGGAAACACGUUUCUUCCUGUGCUGGGUAAGACAGCUGAGCCAACCUGACAGUCAUACUAGCUUGCAGGAAAGAGAGAGCAUCUUCAUAAUGUACACCAGCAAAAGCCAGAACCUGGGACUGGUGAGAGAGAAAUUGCCUAUAGAACAAAAUUUCUGCACUGCUGUAUUUCUUUCUAGGGUUUCCAGGAAUCUGGGUAGAGUGUGUAACCAGGCAUUUAGCUCCAGGAUGUAGGAUAGAACAGUUAAAAGGAAAGACAAUUUCAACUGAAAUUAGACCUUGUGUGCAUGACUUUUAAGACAUGCCAGGGAGUUGAUGAAGCUGUGAGUUGUGGAUUGGGCAGAAUCAUACAAACAGAUUUAAAUGCCUGAAGGGACCUCUGUGGUCACCUGCUUUGAGCUUCAGUGUGCUGGAAGCCAAGGAAUUUCACUGAAGCCAAGUAGGAACUACUGUAACUCCUAGCUCAGUUGCUGAUGCACUUGAGUACAGUAACUUGUGUCUGAACCUGCAUAUGUCUUGGAAACAUGGGGCUGAAGGAGGGCUAUAUGGGCAUUGAGCUUUGAAUCCAAAAUCUACAGUUACAGGCAACUUUGAGCUAGACACAGAGUGCCGAACAGUCCACACAAUGUCUGUGCUGACUGCUUCCCCUCUACACUGCUCCAUCCAGCACCCUGGGCAGACUCCAGUCAGGAUAAAACUAUUGCUCUCUAGGAUAUAGCAGGGUCUGCAAGUUUAAGUUGUCUGUAUAGAUUUGCCCAUGCAGGUGUGUUUUUUAUUUUUUUUUUCCUUUGGAUGGCUCAUUUUCCCUCCACUCUUUGAAAAUCGUGCUUCUCUUGCACAAACAAGUAGCCUUUCCCCUUGACAUCCUCUCAUUUCAAUUCUUUUGUCUUUUUAAUAAUCUUUUUUUUUUGCCACUUUUCCAGGUGCAUUUUUAAACUACAAAGCUGAGCAUCUGGAUGCUGGCUUGGAGUCUAUUCAGCUAGUACAAUGUAGUUAUUCAUUUGCCAGUCCAAUUCAUGGCAGCAAGCCUGGCUGCCUUGCCCCUGCAGCCCAGCUUCCUUAAUGCCCAGCACUGAGUCUGUCCCACCACGCUCUUUGUCUGCUGCUGGCAGCUGCAAUUCUGCUGCUGGCUUUGCGGAGGAGGGAGGCAGAGCUGUGACUGUACUUGCCCUCACCACCGAUCUGCCUGGGAAAGGAGUCUUGACAGCUCUGUAGAGCUUUGUGGAGAGCACGUGCUGGCGUGGACUACCGAUAAGAAAUCGGAAGAGAUCAUGGCGCUCUGCUCUUUCACUAGUGCACAAUUCAAGCCCCAAGGCAGCUUUAAGGCUUUAACCUUGGCCGUUGUCCUUGGUCAGGAUGGUUACCGAGGCAAAUCACUAGGAAGAUAGCAACUCCUUUUUCACAUAAGUUGCAGGGGCAAGUUUAAUACCACAGCACAAGCCCAUGCCUUGCUUUGACCAACAACUCAAGAAACUUCCAUCUCCUACCCCCACUGGCCUGGUAGCAGCAGUUCACUACCUGUGAAGAACCAGGUAACCCCGAUAGACCUCUGCUCCAGGCAUACGCUAGCCAAAAAUCUUGUAACGUAGGACUUUGUGCGUUGCCAGCAUCCUGCUAGCUGCGUACCCUUGCUUCCAGAUUGUGAGCUUCCUCACCUGCAUGAACCCUUAAGUGACUUGCAAGGUCUUGCUUGCUUGCUGCUUCUUCUCAGGAAAUAUCCCAGCCAGUGGCUAGAUUUUAUUGUCCUUGCCUUGUUCCCUCUUCUUGUUCCAUCUCUGUCCAUUCAGAAGUGUUAACGUUGUUUUAAAGGAUCUGGAAAAAGAACAACAUAGACCCUGUUUUUUUCUUUUUUAUUUGAUAACUUGGGCCAAUGUGGCAACCUCAUCUGCAAAGAUUUUAUUUUGUAAAAAUUUAUUUUUGUAUUUCAUGUAACAGUCAAAAUUUCUACUGCUGAAAAUGCCAUUAUUUUUCUUUUCUGUGGGUUUUUCCCCUCCAUUGCCAUCAGAGUGUUUAUUGUUGUGAAAUGGAUGCCUGGUGGGGUUUUAUGAACUUAAUACUCUCUACAAACACCCCAGUCCAGGCCCUGCUGCUUGUAUCAUCUGGUGCACUUGUGAAAACUGGAUGGGGAAAACUCCUGCCAAAUCAGAAAGUGGUUGUGCUUUGUACUUGCUCUGCGUGGGGAAAAAUGGUGACCCUCUGCAAAAGGCAAGGGGAAAUCGCCAACUAGGAAUUCAGCCCUCCCUGGGCCUCCGUAGCUGGCUGUGACGGGCUUUCUUGCACUGCAGUUGGCUGAUGUAACUUCUGUCUUACCCUAAUCAGAAAAGUCAUGAAGGCCCUGAGCCCGCUGACAUUUGAAGAACCUAUUAAUUCAGGAGGGAUGCUUGGGAGUAUCCAAGUUGUUGACUUCAGUGGGAGUGAGUGGAAAUGAUAUGAGAGAGAACUCUGGUUGAUUUUAUUUGGAAGCUGGGUAAAGUCUGAAGAACACCUCGGUGCCUACUCUGUGGAGCUGUAGGAUCUCCUUAAUGGCCUCCUUGGGCCAGCCAAGCUUUCCAGCCAUGGCACCAAGAGACAAGAGCCCAAGGGAAGGUUCCCAGGAGCAUCUGCUGCUUCCUUGGAUGCCUUCAGGGAGUACUGAGUGUUUUAUGGGCUGCUUUGCUCUAUAUCCUCCCUUAGUCCUUACCUUUUUAUUCCUACUCCCUACCUUUAUUCAUUUGCUGUCCCUUAUAAGUGUUUCUCCUGUUUUAUUUUUCCAUAGCCCUUGUGAAAAGGGGGGCCCUAAGGUUUUUGUUAGAAGGGGCUGACACUUAUCGAGAGAGAGAAAUGGUAGGAAUGGUAGCUGAGGAAAGCAUGUAGUAAAUGGGGUAUAAACAGAGCAAUUGUUCAUCUAACAUACCUUGUGGGCCUCAUGCAGUCAUGCAGGUUAGAGACUUCCUGAGGCAAAGGUUGCAACUGGACUUGCAUGUUUAGUAACCACUUUUGGAAGGAGAUUCCAUGGUCCCAUUGAAGUCAACAAGAGUUGAGUUAAGAUUAUGGAUGAACAAGGAGCCAACUUAUCUUGGGGCUCAGCAGCCACGAUGCUCCUUAGAGUCACGAAGAUGCAGCUUGUGUAGGCAAGAUACAAAAUCAGCACCUUGCACCUGUGUCCCUGGAAAGAGGCAUAAGAAAGUUGAUCUUUUAAAAAGAAACAAUCAGAGCAAUAUUUCCUUUCUAUGACAGAAAAAUGUUUAAGUAACUAUUUUCUCCUUGUUUUGUCUCGCCAAGUUUUAGUAGCUUUGCCUAUGGUUUUGCUCUGGAUUUAGUAGCAUGUUGGAGCCCUUGCUGGGACCCCUGCCCAGGUCAUUCAGGUCUUGCAUCCCUUUCUGACUCUGCAUUAACAAGGCAACAGGCACCAUGUGGAAAAUUCAUCACCGUGAAAUCCUGGCGCUUCCUAAUCUCCAUAAUAGGCACAUCUCACCAGCAAGAGCUCUCGCCACCUCCGUGCCUCCGUCCGAAGCACAAUGGUCUGCAGA